AUGUGUACCUACGCUCGCUUCGUAUUCACAUGUUCACACUACAUUCAGGGCAAGCGUGUCAGGUACUGCCCCCUAGGCGAGGCAUAUGUCAGUGGCAUUCUGCCAACGGAUUGUGGCCUUGAGCAGCCUCAUGGCCUGCAUUCUCGCAGGUUGCCGCGGAAGUGCGAUGAAUGCACAAAAACAGACGAGCAUUUGCACGUUGCACGAAAAAAGUUGGAGAAAUGCCGCGGGAUCUUUCAUGAGAGAUGGCCAGAGUAUGGGGACACAGAGGUCUGCAAAGAGUUCCGCUUGAUAUCUCGAGCGGUGGAACUGUACGACUUGGAGAACGAUGAAGGCAGUGCUGUGUCCUCAGUCAGCAGAGACAUACACCGACGAGAGGAAAUUGAGAUCUUGAAUGCAGAGACAACCGAGUCACCACCACGAAACAGCUCUCGUACAGCCAUCUCCAGUAUCCCGUCAUCCUCUGGGAGGGCUCAGUCUCACACGGAUGCCACGUCAGACGCAGGCACCACUAACAGCGCCCCAUCCACAUCCACAAAAACACGAGAGGCCAGCAUCAGGGUGAAGAAGCCACUCAAAUCUCGGAUCGCAGUGCCAGCAAAGACAAGUCCAAGACCUCUGCUCCUCAAAGCCCCUGCGAGAUCAAAGCUGCCCCUGCCAGGCGGAGUGCUGAACUCGAGCACAGUCCCGAAGAAGCCUUCGUCGAUCAUGAACCUUCUCGAGUCACGACCCAGAGCGUCAGGCUGCUCUUCUGGAUUCGGAAGUUGGAGAUAAACAGACUUGCUC